UCGCAAAGCAUUGUGGGAUCAGUCUUUCUGGUCGCGGAAACAACAUGACGAAGGGUACAUCGUCCUUCGGAAAGCGGAACAAUAAGACGCACACUUUGUGCCGUCGAUGUGGGAAGUCGUCUUACCACAUUCAGAAGAAGCAGUGUGCGCAAUGCGGCUACCCCAAGAAGAAGCUUAGGCGCUACAAUUGGUCCAUCAAGGCCAUCCGCAGGAAGACGACCGGCACCGGCCGUCUCCGCUACCUCAAGGUUGUACGCAGGCGCUUCAAGAAUGGCUUCCGUGAGGGCAAGGCCCCAACGAAGAAGAUUCGUACCAACAAAUAGUUUAAUCAAUAAAGAUGGUUAAAUA